UUUUCAUGAUGCAGCUUGCAGUAUUGGCUGGAGAUUUCUUGCUUUCUAGAGCUUGUAUCACACUUGCCUCUUUAAAAAACACAGAGGUUGUAUCACUAAUAGCAACAGCAGUAGAGCAUCUUGUUACUGGGGAGACGAUGCAAAUGAGCACAUCAGCAGAGCAGCGUAGUAGUAUGGAUUAUUAUUUGCAGAAGACAUACUACAAGACUGCAUCGCUGAUAUCAAACAGCUGCAAAUCCAUUGCCCUUCUUACUGGGCAAACUGCAGAGGUGUCUAUGUUGGCAUACGAGUACGGGAAAAAUCUGGGUUUGGCGUUCCAGUUAAUCGAUGAUGUUCUUGAUUUCACAGGCACAUCAUCAUCUCUUGGGAAGGGCUCAUUAUCUGAUAUUCGCCAUGGAAUUGUCACAGCUCCAAUAUUAUAUGCAAUGGAGGAGUUCCCAGAACUACGCUCAGUUGUUGACCAGGGAUUAGACGACCCUGCCAAUGUGGAUCUUGUAAGUCUCUGUCACUAUGCAUAGCAUACGA